AUGUUCGUUCUAUCAUUGGCUCUUUUGUCGUGUCUGACAACAAUGUGCACAUCGACCACCGAAUGGUGGGGCGAUCUUCGUGCACAUCUGAAUCCCGCACGUCAAGCGCCGUUUUAUGAUGUGACUUAUGAUGAGAAAGUCAACGUCUGCCCACAAGGUCUCCACGCCGACGCCAUCCCAGAAUACGUCUACUUCGGUACUAUGCUUGCCACAAUGACUGUCGACGAGCACGAUCAAUGUCUCCAGAAGUGCGCAGAGAAGCCACGUUGCAAAGCGGUCAACUUCUUCCAUCCAUUCGCCUAUCAAGAGAAAGGAUUCUGCGAGUUGCUCACCGAAGGACAACUCGACAAUCCAUCCCUGAUGCGUCCAUUCCGCAAGGCCACCUACUACGAGAAGAUUCGUUGUAGAGAGCUCGACGAUGUGGAGGACGUUGACGAGGCGGAGAAGUCCGAGAUCACUGAGAAAGUUCCCGAGGACAUGAUCCGCGAGAAGAAGCUUGACAUGAGCAAACUCAUGAAGAAGCUCUCCGCCAAAGUCAAAGAAUUCAACGGUGCCUCCGGUGGCUUCCGUGCAGCUCGUCGUUAA